UAGGAUGGGCAUUAUGGUAAAUUAAGAAAACGCCUAAAAUGUAGAAAAAGCGGGGCGAACUCUCAUAGUGGAAGAAAUCGCGGGCGAGAACGCAACUGUUAUUGCAAAAAACGGAAGCGUAAUCAGGCUAAACGGCAACUACUUCAAGUGAUUUGGGAUUUUUGAAGAUCACCAGCUCACAUAAAUGGGACAUGUAAGAUGGAAUGAAGCUAAUUUGGAGGAAAUUGAAGCAAAUAAACCUGUAAGGCAGAAAAUAACUGAACCUAAGACGCCGUAUCACCCCAUGAGGAGUGAUGAUGAUGGAUCCCUGUCUCCUAUACGGGGUAGUUUUGAUGAUUAUGCUGAUGAUGCUGUACCUGCAGAAGUAGUACGUUUUGCUUUGAAUGAUGUGGUUUCUUCUAGUAAAAAUAAAUCCCGUUCUGAUGGUUGGACAUCAUCUGAGGAUGAGGCAGAUGCCAUGGAUGAAGACGAUGAAGAUGCAAGCAGUAUGAGUUUCAGGGAGCACAGGCGAGCUCAUUAUGAUGAGUACCGGAAAGUGAAAGAACUCCGUCGAAAUGGUUCCCUUGGUUCCCUAUUAGAAGAUGCAUCUGACGAGGAGGAUGAUAAAAAUGGAAGCACUGACUUGUCAUCCUUAUUGACAUCCGGUGAGCAUUCUUCUGUACCUCCUGCUAAUGAUGCAUAGAAGUUGUCUGAACAUACUAUGAAAGUGAUGAUUUCUACCUUAUAUUUGCUGCCAUCUGGUGCAGAAUCUGUGCAAUUUUCUUUUUUGUUUGUGUGUUUGUUGGCUUUGGUCUAGCAAAUGGCGAACUAGAAUAUUUUCUGGCAAUUACAAACACUUUAAGACUUUAGGUUGGCCAUAUUGUUGCAGCUAAAGUUUGGAAAAAAGAAAUUUGCUUUAGGGGUGAUUGUUUCAUUAGCUCAAGUAUAGCAAAUGUAUCGUAACUUUUGUAAAUACUGCCUUUUGAAUUAAAAUUCAUCCGGUUCUAUAAUAUAAUUUAUUUUUCCCAGCAA